UCAGAAGAGAAAAGUUUGAUGUGACGUGUACAGCUGCUAAAUAAAUCUGGACCCGAGGAAACCUUUCUGCUUUGUGAGUGCACUUUGCCGACUGCAGGGUGUCUCGUGUGUCUGAUUCAGAAGCUACUGAAGCUUUGAAUAAUAAAUGGCACCAUUUCUACCCCCCAAACCCCUGCCAUCAUUACCAAGUCAAUGGAGGGAGGCAGAAAGCGCUCAGCCUCCACACGUUUAUGCCCGUCAGUCCAACAUCUGCAGUGAGGAAGCGUAGGUGAGCGGGAGUUUUCAGUCAGUGUCACACACCAGCUGAGAGAGAGAGAGAGAGAGAGAAAAUACACCGCAUGUGAUGGCUAGGACAUUUUUGCAAAGUGUUGAUCAUUUCCACGCGGAACAUCCUUUACGCGCCUUUUAAGUUUCUCCCCGUUGACCGCUCUGGCUUUUUAAUUUGGGUUUUUAUUAGGUAAUUUAAAAAAAAAUGUUGUUAUACUCAUAAACGAGUUUGCGAGUAGGCUAAUGCACUUUUUUUUUUGAAACUCUAAUCCUAAAAGAAGAAGAAGAAACAUGAAUAGAGUUAUUUUUUCUUUUUUCUUAAUAUUUAUUAUUAAAGAGACUCAUGCACUGCGUUAUGGCAUCACCAACAAUCUCCAACCAUAUAUGCCCAAUGUGUGUGUGGAGAGGGAGGUGACGCUGGUCGCCCAGAGGCAGCCAUGUGUGCAGGCCUUCACACGCAUGGUUAAAGUGUGGAAGCAAGGCUGUGUGGGGCAGUCAUGGUGCAUGGGAUACGAGAGGAGGACAGCGUACUACACUGCAUACAGACAAGUGUACAGGCAGGAUUAUCAGACUGUGUACAAGUGUUGCCCUGGAUGGUCUCAACUUAACGGAGGAGCAGGUUGUCUGUAUCCGGUGUGUAGCUACGGCGUGUGCUUCAAUGGGGGCCAGUGUCGGGAGCGAUCCACCCAGCUUUGUGACUGUCCUGCAGGGUUCAGUGGACCCAGCUGCCAGUAUGAUGUGAAUGAAUGUGAGGAGACCAAUGGAGGCUGUGAGGCUCUCUGCUGUAACACCAUUGGAAGUUUCUACUGCAGGUGUCCUCCUGGACUGAAACUGAAUGAAGAUGGCAAAACCUGUCAAGAUAUUGAUGAGUGCCAGGUCCAUAAUGGAGGCUGCCAGCACAGAUGUGUUAACACCAGGGGCUCCUACUACUGUGAAUGCCACCCGGGCUCUCGCUUGCAUGUGGACGGCCGCACCUGCCUCGCUGUCCAUUCAUGUGCCAUCAGCAACGGAGGAUGUGAACACUACUGUGUGCAGCAGUCUGCCAAUCAUUUCCGCUGUCGCUGCAGGCCAAAUUACGUGCUGGCAGAGGAUGGCAAGCAUUGUAAACUGCAGAAUCCCUGUGCAGAUCAGAAUGGAGGCUGUAUGCACAAGUGUCGUGUUGAUGGUGGCAAAGCUCACUGCGACUGUAAAGUUGGUUACAUCCUGGCUGAAGACGGAAAAACCUGUGAAGAUAUCGAUGAGUGUGAGACAGAAAAGGCCAACUGUGCUCAUGGCUGCCACAACACACUGGGCUCUUACGCCUGUGUGUGUAACGCUGCCUAUGAGCUGGGAUCUGAUGGAAAACAGUGUUACAGAAUUGAGAUGGAGAUCGUGAACAGCUGCGAGAACAACAACGGUGGCUGUUCGCACCACUGCCAACAUUCAACCAGUGGGCCUGUUUGCUCCUGUAACCAUGGUUACAGACUAGACGACGACUUUAAAACCUGUGUCGACGUCGAUGAGUGUGGAGAGCAGAGCUCCUGCUGUGAGCAGGACUGCACCAAUUACCCCGGAGGGUAUGAAUGCUACUGCUCAGCAGGAUACAGACUCAACUCAGACGGAUGUAGCUGUGACGAUGUAGAUGAGUGUCUGGCUGCUAAUGGCGGUUGUGAUCACACAUGCCAGAACAGUGCAGGUUCCUUCCAGUGUUUCUGCCACCGGGGCUUCCGUCUGGAAGAGGACCGGCAAGCCUGCACCCCACUAGAAGAUGCAAUUGAGGCCCUGUCCAGCGGAGGUGCCAUUGAGUUGCCUCUCAUUCGCCCCCAGCUCACCUUGAUGCAGGACUACAGCCAACCCUUGGAGCGCUAUGACGACUAUGAAGACGACGAGGGGGAGCUGAGGGCCGAGAGUAACCUGGCAGAAAAAUUUGUGUGCUUGGAUGACACUUUUGGCAAUGACUGCAGUUUGACGUGUGACGACUGUACUAAUGGAGGAAAAUGUAAUCCGUGGAAAAAUGGCUGCGACUGCCCCGACGGGUGGAUUGGCAUCGUCUGCAACCAGACAUGCCCUGAGGGAGAUUUUGGUAAAAACUGCUCGUUCCCUUGUAAGUGUAAAAAUGGUGCCAGCUGUGAUCCCGUCACUGGGAGCUGCCGCUGUCCACCUGGAGUCAGUGGAGACUUGUGCCAGGAUGGCUGUCCAAAGGGCUUCUAUGGGAAGCAGUGCAAUAAGAAGUGUAAUUGUGCCAAUAACGGGCGCUGCCACCGGACCUACGGAGCCUGUCUGUGUGAUCCUGGACUCUACGGACGCUUCUGCCACCUCCCUUGUCCUAAGUGGACCUUUGGCCCAGGCUGCUCUGAGGAGUGUCAGUGUGUCCAGCAGAACACUCUGGAGUGUCACCGUCGCCAUGGCACCUGUGUCUGUAAAUCUGGUUACCAGGGCAACACCUGCAAGGAAGAAUGCAUCCCAGGUACUUACGGAGCCGGCUGUGAGAAGAAGUGCGCCUGUCCACCAGGAGUGUCAUGUGAUCAUGUGACUGGAGAGUGCCAACGAAAAUGCCCUCCCGGUCGUCAUGGAGAGAAUUGUGAUCAAGACUGUCCAGAGGGAAGGUUUGGAACAGGCUGCGUACAUCCUUGUAACUGCAGCGGCGCUACAUGUGACAAAGUGACGGGACAAUGCAAGUGUCCAGCGGGAACGACAGGAAAACACUGUGAGAACUUGUGUCUGGAAGGUUUCUGGGGUCCAGGCUGCACAGAAACCUGCCCAGUUUGUGAGAACGGAGGCGUGUGUGAUAAACACAACGGGUCAUGUAACUGUGCUCCAGGGUUCAUGGGCAGAUUCUGCCAGAACUCAUGCCCGAGUGGACGUUUUGGUCAAGAAUGUCAAAUGAAGUGUGUGUGCGAGAAUAAUGCUCGCUGUGACCCGGUGAGUGGGCGGUGUACCUGCGCUCCAGGCUGGACUGGAAACAACUGCAGGAAAGCGUGUGAUGCAGGGCACUGGGGGGCAGACUGUGCAGAAAUAUGCGACUGUAGAAACGGAGACGGCAGCUGUGACGCUGUGACGGGCCAGUGCAACUGUGAGGCUGGUUACACUGGAACACACUGCCAUCAGAAGUGCCCAGCAGGUGUGUUUGGUCUUGGUUGUCGCCAUCGGUGUCAGUGUGACAACAAGGCGUUGUGCGACCAUGUGAGUGGAGCUUGUACCUGCCAGGUUGGAUGGACUGGAACCUUCUGUGAAAAGCCGUGUCCUCAGGGUUUCUACGGACUGGACUGCCAAAAGAAGUGUUUGUGUCUAAACGGCGGGAGCUGUGACCACGUCAGCGGAGCUUGUUCCUGUCCUGCUGGCUGGAUUGGUCCGUUCUGCAACCUGACGUGCCCAACCGGUUCCUAUGGGGAAGGGUGUAACCAAACCUGUAGCUGCCGUAACGAUGGCAUCUGCCACCCGGCCAGCGGGCAGUGUGUGUGCACGCCGGGCUGGACCGGACCCAACUGCACAGAAGAAUGCCCUGCAGGGUUUUAUGGAGCAGACUGUCGGCAGCGCUGCUUGUGCCAGAAUGGAGCCACCUGUAACAAGACCAACGGAAAAUGUACAUGCGCCAGUGGAUGGAUGGGCACAGCCUGUGAACUGGAGUGUGUAGCAGGCCGUUUCGGGGCGGACUGCCAACAGCAGUGUGAAUGUGAGAAUGGCGGCCAGUGUGACAGACAGACCGGACGGUGCAGCUGCAGCGCCGGCUGGAUCGGAGAGCAGUGUGAGAAAGCAUGUGAACCAGGCCUGUUUGGUGCCGGCUGUGAGGAAAGAUGUCAGUGUGUGCACGGGGCCUCAUGCCACCACGUCACUGGAGAGUGUCAGUGUCCACCAGGGUGGAGAGGGAAACUCUGUGACAAAGCCUGUUUGCCAGGUAUGUAUGGAAAGGGUUGCAUGCAGCGCUGCAGCUGUGCUCAGGGCACGUCCUGCCACCACGUCUCUGGAGACUGCGGCUGUCCUCCUGGAUUCACGGGCAACGGCUGCGAGCAGACUUGUCUUCCAGGAACAUUUGGACAGAACUGUAACCAGCUCUGCCAGUGCUCCGAGACAAACCAGCUCUGCCACCCGGUGUUUGGAUCAUGUUACUGCGCUCCAGGUUUCCAUGGCCCCAAAUGUGACCUAAUCUGUGGAGAUGGUCAUUAUGGUCCAAACUGUGAAAGAGAGUGCCAGUGUGAAAAUGGAGGGAAGUGCGUUCCUUCCACUGGAGCCUGUGAAUGUCCAGCAGGGUUUAUAGGAGCACGCUGCAACACCACGUGUCCAGCCGGGCGUUACGGAGUCGAUUGUGCUUGGGCGGCGCUGUGUGGAGACGGAGCCCAGAAUGACCCAGUCACCGGCCGCUGUGUGUGCAUCCCUGGACGCAGAGGAGAGGACUGUGGACAUGGCUGCCCUCCAGGCUGGUUUGGGGCAGACUGUGUCCAACGCUGUAACUGCAGCAAUGGCGGAGUGUGUGACUCUGCAACUGGCAACUGUACCUGCGGUCUGGGCUGGACUGGUGCACACUGCGAUAAAGAAUGUGCUGCGGGCAGAUUUGGUGCAAACUGCGAGCUGAAAUGUAACUGUCAAAAUAACGGCACUUGUGACAGAGUGACAGGGACGUGUCACUGUGGUCCAGGCUACUAUGGACAUCUGUGUGAGCAUGCUUGUCCUCCUGGUCUCCACGGCCCGCUGUGCCAGCUGCAGUGUGACUGUAUGAACGGGGCCUCCUGUCACCCCGUAUCGGGCCAGUGCGUCUGUCCUCCCGGACACCACGGAGCUCGCUGUCACAGAGCGUGUGAACAGGGUACCUACGGUCACGGCUGUGCCAAGCUGUGUGACUGUGAGGAAGACGCGCCAUGUGAUCCCGUGACAGGAAGAUGCCUCUGCUCCUCAGGGAAGACUGGACUCAGAUGUGACAUCGACUGCAGAGCGAAUCGUUACGGGCCAGACUGUGCCGAGACCUGUGAGUGUGAGAACGGGGCGCAGUGCGACCGACGCAACGGCCGCUGUACCUGCCUGCACAGCUGGAUCGGACUCUUCUGUCAAGAAGGUGGACCUCCACGCCUCACCUACGGCAGCAGCAGAGGAGACUCGCAACAUGACAACUCAUAGCACCACCAUAGCUGGAAGACUCCAACUAAAACUGGGACAGAUCAGCUACGUUUUACUGAAGUGACUCAAGUGAGUGAAAGCUUGUUACAGGAAGUUGUAGCAGGCAGCUGGAAGACCUUCAUGGAAAUAGACUCUCUGAUGAGAACAGCAGUUUCAUGGUCGGACUUGAGCUGGAUCAUCCAUUUUUUUUGCGUGCCAAAGUGUCCUUUGAACUGUUCAAGCUUGUUUCAUCAGCCUGACCUCGCUGGUACACAAUUUUCUUGCGUGGAACGUCAAACACCUUUUAGUCUUCAGGAUUAAAACUUCUCCUCAAAAACUACAUCCGCAGAGUGCAGUGUCAGGAGAUUGUGGUUACUGCACUUUUGGUAUUUUGUGUUUAAUAUUUUGUCCUCUAAAUACCUUUUUUGCAAGUACUGUAUAUAAAAUAAUACAUUUUUUUAAAGGAUAUUGCUGGAUAUGAUGCAACCUCUGACACUGAGGCAAUUUUUGAAACCAUAUUUCAUUACUUGCCAGUACUAUGAAGUACUACCCUCAGUCCAAUGGUGCUUUACUGUAUAAUGCAACAAAGAGUAUAAUGAUCCUCAGACUUUUAUAGUAUAUCACAGAAAAGCACAUUACCGUAAAUAUGCUUUAAUGGACAGCUGGAAUUUUACAGUUCAUUAAAAAUCACACAGCAUUAAUUUGCAUCUUCUCCAAGGUUAAGUGUCUAAAUAUUUUCAGUUGAAUUCAUUGUGUAUAAAUUGCUUCAUAUUUAUAUUUCAUAGUUGUAUACAAUUUAAUAUACUGCAAGUUUAAAAUGCAUUCUUGUUUUCCACUGGAUAAGAGACUUUGCAGCUCAGCCAAAAUGUACACUCCAGUAAACAACCCAGAAUGAGAUUUUACACAUGAAUGCCAAUAAAGACAGACACAUAAAGGUUUGUUUACCAUU